GUCAAAAAGGUGGUAUUGUAACACGAUCAAAGACUGGAGCUCUCACACCAAGAAAUUUCUCAUUCGAGAAUUUUGUGAAAACCACUACUCGGAAGAAUGGAGAAGAAUCGAUAAUAAUUGUCAGCAAAGACGGAGAAAUAACACGUAUGACUACCCGAUCAAAGAGUAAUGCAUCUAAUUCAUCCACACCAACAUUGUUCAAGUUGGGAAUGGAAAGUAGUGGCAAGAAUUACAUGAACCAGUUCGCUAUUAAUACAUUAGCCUUAAACAAACAUCAGCAUGCAGAAGAUAGAGACAAAAGAAGGCACCUUUCACAUAAAUUUAGUCUAACACCUGCUAGUGAAUUCAAAUGGCAAGGAACAACGCAUGGGGAUCGUGGGUUUACUGUAGCUACUCUUCGACAAGCUGUACUGCAACUUGAGAAUAACAUUCCAGCAUAUUUACUUCAUGCAUAUUGGACUAUUCACCGUAGUAAUUGGCUAAAAGCUGUUAAUAAAUGUACAUUUCCAAAAGAAUUUGCUUUAGCACUGAGUAUUUUGGAAGCAGUCAUGAAACCUGUCCUGUUUACAUCUGUGUGGAAUGAUUCAUUAGGUCAUGUAAGAUUACAACGUACAACUGCUGUGGAUCGUGAUGAGCGAAAAAAGCAAGAAAAACGUGAAAAGCGAGAAGGGAAUGAUGACGAAGUGGAUAGAACAAUAUGGGUGAAAUAUACAUUGGGAUUGAAACAUCAGGUUUGGAAGCAAAAAGGGGAAGAAUACCGUGUAACAGGCCAAGGAGGUUGGCAGUAUGUUAGUUAUACUCGAACUUACAGAUAUAAACCUUGCGCUGAACUUGCUUUAAGAGCUGGACCUCAUAAAGUUGUUGUUUGUGAGAAGGGUAGUGAACCAAAAGUGAUGGAUACAAAAGAUUACUUGAAAACAGUACCUGAAGAAUCUGAACAGAAGCCAUUUGCAUUCCACGAUCUGGCAUCAUGUGGAGAGUUAAAAUCCAAUAUAAUUGAGAAUGAAGCCCUAAAUAACUCAAUGGAAAUAGAUGCUGUAAAUGUAGAAAAUAUCAAAGAAGAAUUUGUCGAUAAAGAUGAAGGCUGUGGUGCAAAGAUUUCUACUAUUAGAUUUAAAAAAAAGUAUAUUCCCCAAAAUGCUGGUAUCUUAACAUCAUAUAAACUAAAUCCAGAAUUAGAUAUUGAUUUAAUAAAUGUGUCAGAAGCUCUGACAGAAAGUGUUAGAGUUACAUAUCCCAGGCUACCAAAACCUAGCAAGUUAGAUGAAUAUUUGGAUAUUCGGUUAAAAACUAUCGAAACCCAAGAUAAGUCACCUGAGCAAGUAGAGAAGAAAAAUGUUUCUAAUGGAGUGAAGUUAGAAGUCAAACCAGGCAAUUUAGCUACACAGCAUAGUGUAAGACUACUUGUUAAAAAGGGUGCAACAGCAACUGAAAUUUCGAGAGCUAUUGCUAAUAAACUUGGUCGCAGGGAUAUGUUUAAACCAAAACCUACUAAAAAUGUGUCGAAUGGAGAAUUUAGUAGUGCUGAAGAGACUGAAUCUCCUUUAAAAUUAGCAGGUUCUUCAUUUUUGAGAUCACCAAGAAAAUGUUAUUCUCCUCUUUGCCGCCUUGAAAAUGCACAGCCUAAACUUGGUGUCCAGUGCAACUGUUAUUCACCAUCAUGUCGGACUUUUAAAGCUAGCCAGGUCAUAAUAGUGAGGAAGGCAUCUGAUCAAGCAGUAGCAAAAUUUAACUUCAUCAAUGCUACUGGUAUUGAUAAAAAAUUAAUUUCUGUUAAAGAUGCUUCUGGUACUGAAACUGUUCUUAUAAAACAAAUAAGCAAUUGUGGUGUAUUAAAUAAUGAAACUAAAACAGCUAGGAGUUCACCUCCUCCUCUUCAACCAAUCAUUCCUAAAGUUGAGAAAAUGGAUAUCGAAGAAAGUGAAUCUAAAGAGGGCAAUUCAAAUUGUGAUACAAAGUAUAAUAUUCCUUCCUCUAAGGAUAAUAGUACUAAAGGAAAAGCAUUCCUUGGAAAGGUUAGGACUACUAAAAAAGUAAAGAAAAUGGGCAAAGGUGUAUUGCCUCCUUGUAAUAGAUUUACCACCCCUUCAAAAAUCAAAAGUAUUCUUGCCUUACCACCCCAUGAAUUGCGCCGUGUUUGUAGGAAGGCUGGGUUUCGUGAAGCAUCGGGUUUCAAUUAUAAUGCUAAAAAUAAUCAGUAUAUUUGGCCUUAUGGCACAUGCCCACGGCCAUCUUUCAAAACUGCAUGGCAGUUCAGAACUCAGACAUUGUCUAGUAUUCAUGAAGCAGCUUUACAGUUGCGUGUCAUAUGGGCAUGCAUUCGUUGGGAUGAUGUUCAAGCUAAACCACCUCCUAGUGGAACAAAUACUAUCUCUACAGAAACUGAAGUCCAGACUGUUGAAUUGCUUCAGCGGCGAGAUGUAGGAAUGUUUGGUCUCCGUUCUGAGUACUUGGUCCGCAGGAUAACAGUACCUAUUGAUCUUCCUUCCAAACCGAGAGUAAAAUCCACGCCACAGAGAAGUGGUUUGCGAGAAAGGCGAAGACCUGAAUCUCCAGAAAAUAGAUUACCUACUGUAUCAGAAAGCUGGGUCCCAGAAGAAGAUCUGGAUCUAUGGGAAAUCAGAGAAUUUGGGGAAAUGGUUGAAAAAAAGAAGAGGGAACAUUUGAGAGAUCGACAAGCACAUCAGCAGGCACAGCAGAGUGCCGAGAAGAUCAAGGCUCAAAUGGAAGCCCAGCUUGUGCAACAGAGACUAGCAUUACAGCAAAAAAGACUUCUGGAAUCAUCUGGACAAGCAUCUAAACUUCCAAAUAAAGUAACUCUCUCUUCUAAUCCCAAAACCACAAAAAUAAGCUCUGUAACUUCCUCUACGACAUCUACUUCUGCGACUGUAACAAAGAUUUCGUUAGUUUCUUCUGCUGUGACUUCAGCUACAACAACAGCUGUAAAUGCGAAGACUUACCCUGGGGUUAGAAGAAUUUUCACUAGUCGCACUCCAAAAACCGAAGUGAAAUCAUUGUCUUCUCUUUCAACAACUAAUACUAAAGUUCCAAUUACAACUACAAUUUUGCCAAAGACACCUCUUGUUGUACGAACUCCAAACACCGCUAAUUCUACUACUGCUGCUGCUGCUGCCCGACCCACUGUUUUAACUUUGGGUGGUCAGAUUGUUCGUCCACCUGUUGUCCAGAAUCCUACUACACCUGCUAAUCCAAUUCGGACACAAAUACAACUGAUACAAGGGCCAAAUGGACAGUUGCAGGUUCGAGGUCUUUUACCAGGUCAGCAGCUAAUCAGGUUAUCAGAUGGGAGGUUGCAAUUACUUACAUUACCUACGGUGCAGCAAACUCAGCCUGAACAACCUGCUGUUCAAUCAACUCAAGCAAAUCCAGCUGUACAGCUACCAACCCUUCGACCUGCAAUAUCUUUAGCUUCUCCAUCAACUGUAACUACUGGUGGAGCUGCAGUUGCCACACUUGCAUCACCUGCUACAACUCCAAUGUCGAUUUCAAUGCCUACAGUUGCAAGUAUUGCUGCCCCUGGAACAAUUCAGUUAGUUUCACAAGGCCAAACAGCACAGAUUAAGUUCCAAUCACCUGUAGCAAUAUCUCCAAACCUUGUAUCCAAUCCUACAGCGACUGUCACGACAACACCUCAGAACUCUAAAUUGAUACAAAUCAGGCCACAGACACCAGGUGUACAGUCUCCUACAAGAACAG